AUGGCUUUGAGAAACAUUGCUGCUCUUGUUUUCCUUGUGAUGAUGGCUUUUUGUGGUGCUUGUUCUGCUGGUGUUUAUAGAGUUGGAGACUCUGAUGGCUGGACUUCGAGAGGACUUGUUGAUUACAACAAGUGGGCUUCAAUGAAAGAUUUUCAUGUCGGCGACACGCUAAUUUUUGCUUACAACAAUCAAUUCCACAACGUGAUGCAAGUUUCUGAUCAAGACUUUCAAUCUUGCAAUGCAUCUGCUAUCUCAACAUACACCUCUGGCUCUGACACCGUAACCCUUAAAAGGCCUGGCCACUAUUACUUUCUUUGUGGUGCUCCUGGCCAUUGCCAAGCCGGACAAAAGGUUGACAUCAAGGUCACUCUCCCUGUUCCAGAAAGUUUGAUCCCAAGUCCAAGUCCGUCACCUUAUGGAUUCUCACCACCUUCAGCCUCUCAUCCUGAAGAGAUUUCACCAAGCUCAACUCUCAGCAGUGCUCCAACUCUUAACUUUUCAAAACUUGGAUUUGCUAUUACCGCUUUUAUGUUAAGUCUUUUGCGUUUUGUAUUCUAG